AUGUCUGCAUCUCCAGCUCCUCAGGGCAACGCUGUCCAACAGCAGGGAACCGACCAAAUCCACUUUAAAUUCUGUCGCGAGUGCUCUAACUUGCUCUAUCCAAAGGAAGACCGCGCGACCAACUCCCUAGUUUUCGCCUGCCGGACCUGCCAUGUCGCGGAGCCCGCUACAUCAUACUGCGUCUUCCAGAACAAACUACACAGCCAGGUCGGCGAUACCGCAGGUGUAACGCAGGACGUUGGAAAUGAUCCGACGGUUGGUCUCCCAUUUUGCCUCCUCUGCGGCGAGGAGAUAUGCUGUGACUUUUGCGGAGACCCGGCAGACCAUAUUGCCUUGGGAAAACCCUCGAAGCCCGCGCAAAGCAACUUAUAA